AUGGCCACGUCACCAACACACCUUCCUCCAGGCGUGCCUCCGUACGUCAAGGUCUUCGGUCCCGGCGCCAACUGCACCCUCGAAAUCUGCCCCGUCGAGAUGAGCGUGUACGGAUACCGGCCCAGCCUAGCGGCGAACAGCACGUUCCUGGCCCUGUACGUGCUAUCGGCAGCGGUUCACCUCUACCUGGGUAUUCGGUGGAAGACAUGGUUUUUCAUGGGCGCCAUGCUCCUCGGGGCUACCAGUGCCGUCCUGGGCUAUGCUGGGAGGAUCUUCAUGUAUUACAAUCCGUUCAAAUUCGUAGCCUUCAUGAUUCAGAUCAUCUGCGUGACUAGCGUUCCAGUCUACUACACGGCCGCAAUCUAUGUUACUCUUGCUGCCUCCAUCAAGUACUUCGCCCCCUCGCUAUCCCGAUUCCGGCCCAACCUGAUCUAUUGGGUCUUCAUCUCCAGCGACUUGGUAUGUCUUGUGCUGCAAGCCGCUGGCGGUGCCCUGUCAACCUCAACCGCCGGCGCAAGCCAGACCGGCGUGGACAUGGCGCUCGUUGGGCUCAGUCUGCAGGUCUUGUGCAUGGUCGUGUUCUGUGUCCUCUUCGGCGAUUACCUGUACCGGUACUUCCGCUCUGACAUUUAUCGCUUCGGCGCCGCCAAGCUCGGCGCCCGCCCCAAACUCUUCUUCGCCUUCCUGGCCCUCGCCAUCGUGCUCAUUCUCGCCCGGUGCGCGUACCGGCUGGCGGAGCUGCAUAAUGGGUACCGCGGAGGACUGAUCAGGGACGAGGGGUUGUUCAUUGGACUAGAAGGAGUGAUGGUCAUUUGCGCUGUGUUUUGUCUCACGAUAGGACACCCAGGCUUUGUGUUUAAGAGCAAGCCAAAGGAGUCUACUAGCAGCUCUGAGUUGGAGAAUCUUAAACAUUAG